GGACCGCAAACGAGUAUGCCACCGCCCAUCUACCCCGCGGCCCAGGCACAACCUGUGGCCCCGCCACUGUCACCUGAUCCCAGUUCACAGGGCAGUGUUGUAGGAGGUGGGAACCAGGGGCAGGGCAAUCAAGGCAGUGGAGGGAGGGGUGGAGGAAAGGGGCGAGGCAGAAAUGGCGGCGGAAGAGGAAGGCAAUGGAAUGGUCAAGGCCAGGGGUACCAAGGCCAAGGGGGCCAAGGCCAGGGGUACCAAGGCCAAGGGAGUCAAGGUCAGGGGUACCAAGGCCAAGGGAGUCAAAGCCAGGGGUACCAAGGCCAGGGCUAUCAAGGCAAGGGGUAUCAAGGCCACGGGGAUCAGGGAAGUCAGGGGUAUGGAAGACCCCGCUUUGACUGGAGGACGACCAUCUGUCAACAUUGUGACCAGCAGGGCCACACUAUAAGGUUCUGUAAUAUAAGACGGGAAGACGAGAGAAGCGGACUGAUUUUCUCUACUAUGGAUGGGAAUAUCUACGAUCAGUUUGGGGAGGCCAUUGACAGAAGGCUUGGAGGAGUGAGGGCUGAAGCCCAACGAAGAGCGGCGGCUGGGCCGCCACCCCCUGCCAUGUUCAGGCUAUGGCAGGAAAAGGAGGAACCACCGUUUGGGGUGGAAGAAGUGGGAAGCGAUGAGGAAGCGACUCAAGGGCUACGAGGAGGAAGUGAGACGGAAGAGGCCAUAAUCAUCGAGUCAGAUGACGAGGAUGAGGAGGAAAGAACGGAGCCUCCGUCCGUCUUAUUUGAGAAGAUGGAGGACUUGCUGGAUAAGAUGGGGAGGUGCCAACAGAAGUUGGUGGGCCUCUGUGAAGAAGUGAAAGGAUGGAGGUCUAACAUCCCCAUAGUAUUCCUCUAUGACUCCGGCCCGAAGUCAGCGCCUGGGCGACCCGGAGUAAAUGUGGUGGGGUCGUGCCCACAAUCAGGAAUGAGGGGGAGACCCCUCACUCCGCAGGCCCGGCUGGCACAGGCAGCGCGAACGAGGAAUCAAGCCAAGGCUAGUACCAGCCAAGAGCCUCCAAGGAGGGAACACGAACCAGGGAGAAGGAAAGAAGUUGUCGAAGUAGAGGACGACGAUGAUGAAGAGGAAGAGGACGAGAGGCUGCGCAGAGAAGAGGAUCAGAGAGCGGAGCAGCGGGCAAGGAAAAAGGGAACCAGGGGAGAGGCCGAACCGUUCAUACAUGACGGACCGCCCAAAAAGAAGAAAUACACGGUCCGGUUGGAAGAGGGAUUUGACGUAGAGAAGGUGAUUGACCGGUUGCUGGAAGGGCAUAAUGACCUCAUGACCCUGAAGGAAAUCCUAGCAUCAGCCCCGCGACUCCGCGAUGAACUGAAGGGGAGGUUAUCACGGYGCCUGRUGCCCAAUGUCCAUCUGGGUACGAUCCUGCCCAAGGAGGCAGAGUGGGCAGAGUCAGGUACGAAGAUGGACUGGAAGUGCGUAGCCUGCGGUACGGUGGAUUUGAUGAUGAAGGGUUCCAAGUGCGCAGCAAUGGUGGACACCGGGGCAAAGAUGAACAUUAUUCGGGCGGCGGACGCGAUCAGAUUCGGGCUGGAUAUAGACCGUUCUGACUGCGGUAUUCUGCAUGGAGCCAGCUGUAAGGCCAUGUCUGACUUUACGAAGACAGCCAUGCCAAGAGGAGGGAGGGGGACACGGCCGCCUCGGAGGCCGUUGGGAGCAUCAGGAGGAUAUGAGCGACAUGGACCUCGCCAUCGAGAGAGUACUCCAGUAUACGAUGAUGGGGACAUCGAGCUAUUCCUGGACAACUUUUGGGAUCAUGCGAGGCAUAUGGGCUGGACCGUGGCCCAAGCAAUCGAGGGACUAAGGGGAGUCGGCAGAUUCGAGGAGCCCGUCGCGCGGAUCUGUAGAGAGGCGACGACGAGAUCAGAGGUGGAGUGGUGGAUGCAAGAACUGCGACCCUCGCCUGUGGGACCAGAUGGCAGGCCGAUCCGUCUAGAGAUCGAAAACGUGGCAGACUUCAUCCCUGCUUUCGAGUGGUUUAUGCAGGGGCAGGGGGCCCCGGAGAUUCCUGAGAUGUGGAGAGACUUCUGGGAGCAGAGAGGAGAGGAACUUCUAUCGCCAGUCAGAGCCGGGUUUGGGGUGGCCAGGAAGGCGGAAGAGAGGUUAGAUCGUAAAAUCAAGUUCCUGGCCAAUACCACUUUUGACCGGCACUUGUUAUUGGAGGGCGAUCUGAUAGGGAAGAAGAUGAAGGAAGCAAGUCAUGGAGUACGCCUGGAGGCUAUGGAGAUGGAAAUUCAGGAACUCAGGGCUUUGGUGGCCAGCCAGGCAGCUAUCAUCGAGAGCCUGAGGCAGCAAACCCAGGGAAGGGUGGACAGGCCAGAGAGCAGCAGGCAGGGAGAGCAGAGGCAGCCAGGACAGGGAUUGCCAGGACAGCCAUCUGCAGCAGAGCCUCGCCAGGAGCCACCCAUGAGGAGAGUUAUCCUGGAGCCAGAGGAGGCGAGAGCCCAGAGACAGGCAGAGAGAAAGGCGUUCGAGUUUAGAGCCCCUACUGAGCUCGUGACGCUGCCCGUGGCGGCGGCAGGCCCAGUCGUACCUUUGGCAGUAGAGGAGGGGCUGCCACCAUCUAGCAGUGAGCCGGCUCAGGGCUCGGCAGAGGGAUCCAUGGGCGUGCUCCUUGAGGCGGUGCAUACUAUGUAGGAGGAGGUAUUGUGAAUAUGAUUGUAAGUAAAACUGUCUACUCCUC